AUGUUGGGUAGAAGCGGAGGGAUGUCGUUUAUUUCCGUUGAAGAAAAAUCUCAAAUAGGAGUUGCAAUGCUUUCAGGAGAGCAAAAGAAAUGUAACGAUGUCUUUGGUUCGGUCUCUGAAUCGUCUCUUCGAUGUUUGAAAGUCCCAAAUCCUCAACUCCCAGAACACCAUUGUCGCCAUCGGAUCCAUGUUAGGAAUCAUGGUUAUAUUGGUGGAGCAUACGGCCACGGAAAUGAAGAGGCCAUGAAAGAUGCAUUGCUUAGAAGAGGUCCCUUUGCCGCCUCCAUUGAACCAACUCCUGAAUUCGGAGUCUACAAAAAUGGAAUCUUUCACACGUCCAUCCGACUGACACCAGAGUAUCGGGAGGGUGAUGCAAGUUACCCCUGGAUCAAAGUGGAUCACGCGGUUCUGAUUGUCGGAAUUGGCGUAGCGAUAGAUCCGUACAAUGGAAAGGGAAUUCCAUUUUGGAGAGUUCAAAAUAGUUGGGGAGAUCGAUGGGGCGAAAAUGGAUACUUUAGAGUGCUGAGGGGAAACAAUGAGAUGGCAGUGGAACAAAGUCCAGUGGAAGGAGAUGCAGUGUUGGAAGAUCUUGUCUGA